AACUUGCGAAAUCAGUUGAUUCAGAAGUGUAAAAAUUUAGGAAUUCUGUGUGACAUAGCAUAGAAUACAGGGAUUUCUUCUAAUUUAUCGAUCUAUGAUCACUGUAUGCCGGUUUACUAUCGCCAUUUUUAUACAAGAAUAAAAUUCAUAAUAUAAAACUAGAAAUUUAUAAAAUGGCUAGAGGUGGAGUUCGUGGUGGUCGGGGUAUGAAUCGAGGAAUGGGAGGAAGGCUUCCUUUCAAGCCGAAGAUGUUUUUACCAAGACACCCAUUUGAUUUGACUCUCUGCGAAUCAUCUUUUCCAAGAUGUAAACCUACUCCGGAUGAUAGCCAAUUUACUCAAGCUCUACUUAAAAGAAAUAGCGACUUAUCUCCUACAGCUGCUGAGCAAACAGCAAUAUUAAAUCUUGUGACAAAAAUACAAACAGUUUUAGACAACUUGGUAGUAGCCCCUGGCAAUUUCGACGCAUGUCAACUCGAAGAAGUUCGUCAAGUUGGUUCAUUCAAAAAGGGAACCAUGAUAGCCGGACAUAAUGUUGCAGAUAUUGUGGUCAUACUCAAAACUCUUCCAACUCGUGAAGCGGUUGAAGCUCUUGGAAAUAAAGUUAGGGAAGAACUUAAAAAUCUUAUGAAAAGUGAAGUUGUUUCUAAAGGAGAACAAGUAACCCAUAUUACAAACGAGAGAGGAAUAGAAAUAAGUAAUAGCUUUGCACGAGUAAGGGUAAUGGUUACCACACUCCAUCAUAACAUCAGAAAAUUAGAUCCGGAAAUUCAUUUGGAUCAGAAAAUUAUGUUGAGUCAUUUGGCAGCAAUAAGGCAUAGUCGCUGGUUUGAGGAAAAUGCUCAUCACUCUUCUAUUAAGGUUCUCAUAAGACUAUUGAGGGAUUUAAGAAAUAGAUUUGAUGGAUUUCAAGCUCUAACACCAUGGAUGCUAGACCUACUUGCACAUUUUGCUAUAAUGCAUAAUCCUAGCAGGCAAGCAUUGCCUCUGAAUGUUGCCUUUAAAAGAGUGCUUCAAUUAUUGUCUGCUGGUCUAUUCUUACCUGGUUCUGCAGGUAUUACAGAUCCAUGUGAGGGUGUUAGUCUCAGAAUACAUACUGCAAUGACUCUGGAACAGCAGGAUUUAGUUUGUUUGACUGCUCAAACUCUUUUGAGAGUCCUUUCUCAUGGAGGUUAUAAAGUAAUCUUGGGAUUUGAGGAGAGAUCUACGGUCCCUAAAGAUCUUUCGGUUUGGGAUGGAGUUGUAGUAGCCCCUCUUGACAAGGCUUAUGAAAAUCCGCCAGAGAAAAAAGAUGGAGAUGAUGAAGAUGAUGAAAUGGACGCUGAAGGUGAUGAAACUAUGGAAACAUCUUGAAAUAUCUUGUUUUAAAGACAAAUGUUUCUUUUUUUCUAUAUUCGUGAUUGAAAAAGAGCUGUUUUUAAUCAGUAAGGAUUUUAAUUUAUAAAAGUUGGACAUUCUCAUGUGAUUUAUACUAUUUCAAAAAUUAUAUCAUUUAUUUCAAUCAAAAAUAUAGAAUGCCUUCAAAGAAUAAGACAAGUCAUUCACUGUUUCUAUUAGAAGCAAAGUUUCUGAAAUUUCCAAUUCAAAGCAAUUGCAUAAUUAUUAAUUUAUGAUUUUAUGUUAAUUUAUAUUGAAUAAUUGAUUGAAUAAACAAUAGGAAUAAG